UGAAGCAAGUGGGAAGCUCAAUUUUUUUCUUCACACUUAAAAACUCGAAUUUUUAAGAAAAAAAUUACAAUGGAACAAAAAUUGAUUUUCGCCUUGACUGUCAUCAUUUGUGAUCUUCUACCCAGCACUCUUCCAGCUGCUUUACCUGAACCAGGACGCUUGGGAUGGGAUUUUAAAUUUUGGAAUGAAACUGGUACGUGGGUCAAAGAUGUUGUUGAACCGGAGGAAUAUUUUCCCACAGACGAGGGAUUUAUUGAGAUACCAAAAGAGAGUCCACCAAUAAAUAAAGUGACAACUUCUACCAAAGCCCCUGAAACAAAACAAGCAGAAACAAAAUUGGGAAGGAAAUUGCUAAGUCUGCCAAUUGAGUCUGAGAAUGAACAAAUCUGGCCUUCUUCAGACAAUGUUGGCAGGAAAAAGCGUGAAUCAAACCUACGCCACCUAGCAAAAAUAUUUCACGGUCGAAGAAAUUCCAUAGAAAACAGUGACGACUCCUCAUCAUCCUCAUCAGAGGAGGUUGACGAAAAAGAGACAACCACAAUGAGGCCAACCACAAAGCCGACCUUAACAACUUCUGCACGACCUACUCAAAGCAGCUCUACUGUCACAUUAACAACUGGAAGACCUUCAACCGCCUCAUCAACUACGACUUAUUUUUCAACAACAACGAAACCUAUAAUUACCUCAACAGUUUUAACAACUAGCUCCACUGUCCAGAAAACGAGUUUGAAGCCAACAACGUCACCAGCGGUAUCUUCAACUACGGUAAAAAAUACACCUACGUCAACAGUUUCGUCGCCUAUCACCACUGUACAACAACAAAGUAGUACUCAAACUUCACAGUCAACUCCGAGCAAGCCCACCACUGUCCAGCAAACAAGUGCGAAACCACCAGCGAUAUCUUCAACCACCACCAUUAUUUCAACGACAGUAAAAAGCACUCCUUCUUCAACCGUUGCAUCACCAAGCACCACUCAGCAACAAAGCACUCCAACUUCUCAGUCAACUCCGAGCAAACCAACUACUCCUGGACAAGACAAAAAGACCACAGAAACUUCAACCACUGAAGCUACAACUACGAAGAAAAAUGAGAAGACAACAACUGUUUUACCAUCAACUACUGUACAGCAAACGAGUUUGAAGCCAACAACAUCACCAGCUUCAACUACAACUAUCAUUUCUACAACGGUUAAAAGCACAGCACCUACUUCAACAACCGUUGCAAGCACCACUGUCCAGCAAACGACCUCAACAAUGAUUCCUUCAACUACGAAAUCUUCGCAGUCAACUCCGAGCAAACCAACAACUCCUGGCCAAGACAAAAAGACAACAGAAUCUUCAACAACCGAAAUAACAACGAAGAAAAAUAAACCAUCUAGCACGACUGUCCAGCAAACGACCAGUUUUUCAACCACGUUAAAAAGCACACCUGCUUCGACUGUUUUAACGUCUAGCUCCACUGUCCAGUCAACUCCAAGCAAACCGACAACUCCAGGACAAGACAAGACAACUGCAACUUCAACCAGUUUGACCACCGAAGCUACAACAUCGACAAAGAAAAACGAAAAGACGACGACGUCCUCCCCAUUAGAAGAAACCGGCGCCACUACACACAUCAUGAUCAUUCCGUCAACCACGAGGCCAACGACAACAACCACGAGGCCUACGACAACAACCACUCAGCCGGCCACGACCACCACCGACAAAGUGAAACCGACGCACCCAGUCCAUCCUACGCAUCCGACACAUCCAAUACAUCCAACAAAAAAGCCUUGCAAAAAUCCAAAAAACACAAUAAAAGCCGAUUCGUCUGAAGAAAAAAUUCUAGAAGAGGGCAGCGGUGGCUCGUCGGAGGAAGGUUGCGAUGACCUGCUGGAUCCCACUAUACUGCCUAUCAUUCCAAACGACUGGUGAAUUAAUUAUUGCAAAAUUGUAAUAAAAAUUGAUUUAA